AUGCGUGGAACGUUCAUUUCUUCCAUGAAGAUCAUGUGGAAAUCAUGUGUCCGUGAGGGAAAAGAGGCGAUUCGAACAAUGUUCAUGAAAAUUUCGCGAGGAGUGAAAUUUCAAGAAAUUGCCGAUAUUUACAACAGAUUUCUGGUGAGUUGUGUACGCCAAACACAGAUCAAUGUAGGUGCUCGCAUCAUCCCACUAGUGUCGAGUAUAUCUGUUUACAAGGAGAAGGUUUGUACCACUUUCCCACGUUUCAUUUCUGCUAAGAAAGCUCGCCACUUGAUGUCGUUCGUAAGUGGUCCGUUGCAGAUGAUCAUUUUUAUCACUUCGAUAUUCGUAUGGCACUGGUUUUCGACAAGUGUGUUAGGCAUCUCAACCGGUUGGAAAUACCUCUCAUCGUUAAAUUCCGAUAUUGUGAUCCCAACUGCUCCAGUGCUCCUUAGAAAAGAGGACGAGAUUUCAUGCCUUGAGAUUCAGAUGGAUGCGGAUAUUGACGUCUAUUUGAGUCCUGAGCAGGAAGAGCUGGCGAAUGUGAUGAACGACUUCAAGAUAACGUCGAGCACCGCCUCAUUCGCAAGCGAUCUUGUUUCAUCAUUGGCUGGGUGA